AAAAUGAAGUAUCUUCUCUACGCCUAGAAAAUACCAGAGCAGCAGUCGCAGUCGCAGCGCAGCAGCAGCAACAACAACAGCAGCAGCAACCAGUCGCAAUUUAAUUGAUUAUUCAAUACGCAGCAAUACACACAUACAUAAGUGCUAUAUAUACGUAGUAUCUCAAACUUUGACCAUGGAGUCAAAACUUAGUUCAGGCGGCUCAAACGCAUCCAGCGAAUUCGCCGUCGACACGGGCGGCGGCGGAUGCAGCAAAAACAAUCGCUACCGCAAUCUAGAAGCGUCGCUUUGCGGCAGCGUCACCAACAACAAAUGCAUGAUGCAGUCAAAUAACGGCAACACCUCGCUCAGCCCCGAGGUGAAGGACUUGUAUCGCACUUUGUACACCGUUUCCAAGCAGCUCGACGAUGCCAAGCGCAACGUCCAAAAUAUUGGGCAACUGUUUCAACAUGAUAUCGAAGAGAAACGCGCAAAUCUUGUACAGCUGUGCAAGCAGAUUAUAUUCAAGGACUAUCAAUCCGUGGGCAAGAAAGUGCGCGAGGUGAUGUGGCGUCGUGGAUAUUACGAGUUCAUUGCCUAUGUAAAGAAGAAUAUGCACAAGCAGACGAGCAAUGAUGUGGAGUAUCUGCAGAAGCUGGAGCGUUUCCUCUGCGCUGGCAUCUUCAACUACAAACGUCUGUCGUCCAAAAUGGAGGAGAUCUACGAUCUGGACUUGAAAUACCUCAUUGAUUUCUCCAUUAUAAGCGAGGGUUAUAUCAGUGACUGUAUAAGCGACACAAGCGUCAACAAGGAGAUGGAACCCUCCCAGGCUGCUGUGGAUAAGAGUCUGGAGGCCGUGUCCUUUGCUCUGGACACAAUACACUCGUCUCUGUUGAGUUUGGGCGAUUUGCAUCGAUAUUUUCUGGACUUUCAUAUUGACAGCCGGCUGAGUUUAAGCAUCAGCAAGGAGCAGGUGGCCAAGUAUUAUUUGGAGGCUUUCAAGCUGAAUCCCUCGAUUGGCAUGGCCCAAAAUCAGCUCGGCACCCUCUACUAUGGCCAGAACUAUGAUCUGGAUUCCACUUACCAUUAUCUGUAUUCGCUCGUGUGCAUCAUCCCGUUCGAGCUGAGCGAAAACAAUUUAAAUAAAUUGUUUGCCAAGCACACAGAGUAUCUGGAGCAAAUGGACCUCGCUAAACUCGAAUUUCAUAUUGAGGAUUUCUAUGCACGUUUCUAUCUAGUCGUGGACAUAUUCUUCUUUGACAAGGAGGUGCCGGACUUCAAUUCGCUGUGCCAUUGCGUGCUCAUCGAUUUGCGCAAGAUUCUGUGCGCCCAGCAAUUGCGGAUGCCAGAGCCAAGCAUCUUUAAGAUCAUCUCCAUACUGUUCUUCUGCCUGUCCAAGCUCAAGAUGAUCAAUUCCCCCAAGGUGUACUCGCUGCACGCCUUUCUCGUCGCCGCCUGCUCGGAUCUGAUGGACGCUUGCAUUGUCAACAUUGAGCAAACGAUUUUGGCACGCGCUGCGGACAACGAAGAGUUCCAGCUGGAGUACGAACAGCGUUUCCAGGAGUUUGACACCUCGGUGCGCAAAUCGCGCAAUGAGUACAAGAAUUGGCUGGCCGCUGUUGGCAAAUGCGAGCGCAAGGAUAAAAAGUUAAUGGCCCGUCCGCAAUCGCUCAAGGAUUGCAGCUCUGAUUCGCGCGAUUCACAGCACUCGGUGGAAGAUGGCUGUGUCAAGACACAGGAGGCCGCCGACAAUGAUAUGCUGGGCGUCGCCGAACCCAUCUCCACACGCUCCAGCGACGAGGCCAAGGAGAGCGAUCUGAAGACUCCGCUCUCUUGCAAGAGCAAGCGGCGUGGCAUGCGUCUGCGUCGACGUCGUCGCAAGAUCGCCCAAUCGGACGACAGCAGCUGCUACGACAGCGAGAGCGAAAUGGACACCGACUUCUACAGCGACGAGGAGGACUACACUGAUCUGAGCUCCAACUUUGACACUGAUUUCAGUGACAUAGAUGCCGCCGAGCCCGACGAGGCACCAAACGCUGACUAUCCCAAAAAGGAGCGCAUCGUACGUCAGCCAGCCGGCGCUAUUGUCUGCUCGGACAGCGAGGAUGUGGUCAUUGAGGAGGAGCGUCUCAUUUAUCCCGAUGAGAUUGAGCGUCGUCCCAAUUCGCAGGAGGUCGACUCGGAGGAGCUAUUGCGCAGCUUUGAGGUCUUGCAACUGAACUUCAAGAGUGCCGAGGAUCCGAAGGCAGCUGUUGAAGUGCCAAAUAGUUGCCCAAUAGUUGAUGACCAAGUGGUGCCACCUGUUAGCAUUUCAGAGCCGCCCAAAAAGCUCAUCUAUCGCAAUAAGUACACGAAGAUAAAUCCAAAUAUAAUCAUUGAUUGCCUGCACAAUGAGUCCAACAUUCGGGCGAUAAAGAUGCUCUUCGACUGGCUACGCAUCAAUCCAGAGAUUUUGAUCGGCUGCUAUCACUCCAAUCCCGAAUUUGUGCACAAGAUCAUGAAGCUGCUGAACUAUUGCAACAUUGAUGUAUUCACACGCAAAAUAUAUUUUGAGCGCGAUCUGCUGACCACCAGCAAUGUGCGUGACGCUCUCGUCGAGCUCUUCGAUGUGCGCGCCAAUGUGCCGUUGACCGAGGAUUUUGCCUUCAAGAAUUUCGACAUCUUCCAGAGCACACAGAUCACGCUCGACUGGGAGACGACCAUUAGGGAGCGUGUCACGCAACAGGAGGAGUCCAUUUUGCGCAUCCUCAAAAUGGUAGACUUUGGUUUCUUCAUCUGCAAGCAGACGAAGUUCAACUAUCGUUUCUGUGUGAAGACGCGUCGCUUCAUCGAGAGCCAGAAGAAAAAGCGCGAGGAGAAAAAGGGUGGCGGAUCGCGUCGACGCGAAAGACGCACUGCACCGAAGAUGACACGGAAGCGGAACGAGGGGCGAACACGUCGCUAUUCGGAUCGCAAGAACGGCAUAGUGCGCAAGAGCUACACCAGCAACGAGGAGAAGGACACCGUCGAGGAGUGCCGCAAGUUGCCGCGCAAGGGUUACCUACGCAAUCGCAAUGCCGAGAAGGCAGCCGCUGUGAUUGCCAGCGCCACAGGCACCUCAGUGGCCGGUUGCACAUCAGCCUCCGCUUCGACCACGACGAACAGCGUCAUUGAGAAACUCAAUCUGCAGUCGAGCAGCGGUGCCGAUGAGGAACGCUCCGAAGCCAUGUCUAAGAAAUGUGAGAUUAUGGGCAAACUCUGGCUGCAGAACGAGGUGGAGACUCUCGAGGAGGAGCUGCGCGACAGUCCCGCCCAUUUCGUCAUGUCGCCGUUUGUUGUCGUCGAUUCCAAGGCUCUAACGGAAUACAAUGGCAUCGUCAAGUCGCUGGUGAGAACCAAGAAAUGCAUCAUUCUCAUUCCCAAUGCUGUGCUCAAUGAGCUCGAUGAGCUGAAGAAACGCAGCGAGAAUGUGCGUCAUGUCAUCCGUUGGCUGGAGCAGGAGUUCAAGCAUGGCAAUCGCCAUCUGCGCGCCCAGCGCGACAACGAGAGCCAACCACUGUCGCUGAUCAAGAUUUCACGCAAAAUGGAUCGUGAUGCAUCGGUGUUUUUGCAAAUUGCACAAUUCUGCAAUCAUUUGGUGGCCAAUCACUCCGAUCCGAAUGUGAGUGAGCUGCAGAAGAAUGUGGUCACCUAUUUGUCGGGCGAUAAUAUGCACGAGAAGAACCGUCAACAGCAGAAUUUCAGCUACACCGGCAUUCUCGACUCGAUACCCGUACGCUAUGCCCAAAUUCAGAGCUUCUACGCCAAGUUCAAGGCAAACAAAAAAUGAGUGACCCAGAGCGGACGCUAGGUGGCAAAUGCAAGACGACUGCAGAUGCAAUAUAUAUGCAAGGAUAUGCAAGCGUGUGUUCUCUGUACAACCACAAAAAAAAAACGACAUGGAGUUCCAAGUUAACGAAGUUUCUCUCAGACGAGGCCAGCGGGCAACGGCAACCAAACCAAACUAAACAGCGAUCGCUGCAGCGGCACGCUGUUGUUGUUGUUGUUUGCUUGCUAAGCUUGUUUGUUUUUUGUCGUCGUUGUGGUUUCAAAACCAUAUUUAAAGCAAAACCGAAAACUGAAAACAACAAUCAAAUCAGAAACAGCAUCAGCAACAACAACUGCUGCAACACAUUGUACAAUGGGGGGCCGGCUCAUGCGGCAGAAUGGCGUGGAAUUUGCUUGUUGUGUUAGACAAAACAAAACAAAACAAAAAAGAAAAACCAAUCAAAAAUCAAACCAAACAAAAAAUCGUUCACUUUCAACUCAAAUGGCAGCAACGAAGACGACUCUCCGCUAACGUAUAUGGACAAAUGGCUUACAGAAACAACUCAACAAAAAACAAAUUGAUGGAAAAAAUCAAACAAAAAAAACCACACCAAAAACCAAAAAAAAAAAAAUGAAAUUGUUCAUGAUUCAACAUUCAUUUACAUAACAUUUCACACCCUCACCAGAGUUUGGCCUAAAACUAAAAAGGUUUCACAAUCCCUACGAACCGGAGCUCGUUUCAAGUUCGGCGCAUCGUAUGAAUCCAUCCUUUAUUUAGGCGCAACUAAUGUAGCUUCUUACUGGGAGAGCGCCUUUUGGAAUUAUCCCCGCCCUCAUCUCUCACAACCAGCACCACUUGAUCAUUUCGUUUGCCUCACACACUAAUCAUAACCUCAAUACUGGAAAGUAUUUUCUUUGUGGAAAACGGCGUAAUUGAAUCAUUGGUCCUCCAGCGCCUCUUCAAAUUCAUGUGAAUUUGUUUUCUCUUUCUCUUUAAAAUUUUCAGUCGGACUAUUCAAUUUUAGCCCAUACUUAUCUACACAAUUUACAAACUAUAUAACACAUACAAUAACAAUUAAUAUUAAAAACGAUAGCUGCAUAAAUUCAAAUGUCGGACAAGAGCGUGUAUUAUUCUAUUAUAGAAAAGCAAUAGAAACUAAUAGAUCUAUUACACACAGGUAUAUUCAUUAAAUUCUACAAAUUUUAAAACUUUUCCAACAACUGUAACUAUUUGAUAAAAUAAAGAAGCCGACAAAAAAAACA